GAAGAAGAUGUCCCUGAGCCUGACUGGGGUCACAUGCAAGAAUUAGCUUGGUACGUGAAGACAACAUCUAUAAAGAUGAAUUUUGACAACAAGUUAUCUCGUAACUAACAGGACUUGCUGAGAAGAACCCAUGUUCCUCACCAUGGCCCUGCUGAGGAAAGGCAUCUCUGGCAAGCAGUGGAUCGGGAAGUACCGCCGGCCGCGUGCCAUCACCUGGCAGAUGAAAUGCAACAUGCUGGUGCACCUGGAGUGCGAGGCGGAGAACGAGUACUGGAUCUCCCGACCGUACAUGACAACAGAGCAGGAGAGAGGACACGCCGCUGAGCGCCGAGCACAGAACUGGAUCAAAAUUAAGGAGACCAAGUUUCAAAAGUUUCCAGAACAUAAGUAUGUUGCAGAUCAUCUAAGUCACCUCAACACGACCAAGACAUGGUCAAGUUAAUGAGGAGGAAGUAUUGACUUUGUGUGGGGGGAUGGGGCAUGCAUGUUGACUGCCAUUUGACUCCUGUGUGUCUUAAUGUAUGUAAUGUAUAUGAACUAUGGAGUGUUGGUAAUUAGAUCUUUAUAAAGCAAGCUCAUAUUUGAAAACAACCAG